UCUGUACAGUUGCUUUCCGCUGGGAAGGUGCGGGGUGUAUAUUUUGGCGUUGUGAACAUGGCGGACGUGUCGUUAGAUGAACUAAUCAGGAAGAGGGGCAUGGCGGCGGGCACCGGCACCUACAGCAGGGUCAGUAAUCGGGGGGCUAUGGGCGGUAUGGGAGGUAUGAGAUCCUGGGUCCAGCCUACAGCGAUCAACCAUAUCCCUGCCCCCAGUUUCCAGAGAACUUUUGAUGCCCGUCAGAAGAUUGGCGUGACAGAUGCCCGUCUAAAGCUAGGCAUGAAGGACGCCCGCGAGAAACUGGUCGCCAAAGAUGCACGUUUCCGAAUUAAGGGUAAAGUGCAAGAUGCCCGAGAGAUGCUGAAUUCUAAAAAGCAGCAGGUGGGUUUUGUAGGAAAACCUACAAAAUUGAUGGACGCCCGGGAAAAGAUCAGCCUGAAGAGGAGCGCGCCGGCCGUCACUAUGAACUCCGCCAUGGCUCAGCGGUCCCCAUCCAUAAAUAUUACCAAGACCAUCCAGAUUUCACAGCCGAAGACAAUUUCCCAAGGUCUCGGUAACAGUGUUAAGGGAAUGCGAAUAAAUGUUGUCAACCAUCAACCCGGAAAGCAGGCCUCCCCUCCGCAAGCUAUGGAUGAUGACGGUAUGGAUGAUGAACUGGAGCUUUCCCACAUCCCCACCAAACAAAUGAAGAUCAUAGCAGCCCACACUGUGCAGAAGAGGCCGGGAUUGUCUGGAAACGUGUUCUCGCUCGGGCAGACUUUACCGCUUACUAAAGUGGUGCAGAACGAUGCAUACACAGCUCUCGUCUCUCAACCGCCCGCCUCUGUCGCACCUCCUCUUCACACUAAGAAUCUGACCAGUGUAUCCCGGACACUUGUUACAAAGGAGGCGAAUACUCCGGUACAGCCCGCUCCAACCGAGUCUGUUUUCAGUCCUUUAGAAGGGACAAAGAUGACUGUGAAUAAUCUGCACCCGAGGGUCACAGAGGAAGAUAUUGUGGAACUCUUCUGUGUGUGUGGAGCUCUGAAGCGCGCCCGCCUGCUGAGCCCGGGAGUGGCAGAAGUUGUGUUUGUGAGAAAGGAAGAUGCAGUUGGUGCCUACAAAAAAUACAACAACAGAUAUUUAGAUGGACAACCAAUGAAAUGUAAUCUUCAUCUGAACGGCAGUGUGAUCACAUCAGACCAGCCCAUCCUAUUACGAUUAAGUGACACCCCCUCAGCAGCAAAGAAGGAAGGGGAAUCCAGAAGAAACGCAACGUCCUCCUCCAGCGCUGCUUCUACCCCUGCAGCUGAAGUUGACCCUGACACUAUCCUAAAAGCACUAUUCAAAUCCUCAGGGUCCUCCGCAAUCGUUCAGCCCACUGCAUUCAAGAUUAAGCUCUGAUGAGACAAUUUGGAGACUGUCACUUUGGAGAAUACUCUGACCAAUUCACAGAUGGGCCCAGAGACUCUAGAAAACAAACAAAAAAAAAAAGAGACUUUAUUUUGCUUCCCGCGGUUUCGUUUAGCGCUGAUCACCAGCAAGUAGUUCAUGUUGGAAGGAUUCAGGCGGUGGUAGUCACGGGACAAUCAAACUCUUCCUAGCAUUGUAGUACAGCUCGCCCUCUGUGGGCCAGUUGCAGUAUUGCAUUGAGAAUUUCAGUUUUCCCCUUUUUGUCCCAGUGUUCUGACACAGCACGAUAAUGGUUCAUGGGAAACCUUUAAAUGUACAGUGAGUCGCAUAACUUGUUUAGAACUCCACAAUAAUCUGUUUCUACUAAAAGAAGAAUCUGUUGUUGAUGUUAUUUUGCAGUUAUUGUCAUAUAUUUGGAUCUUAGAUUGUGGCUGGUAAUCCGGGUUGCAGGUGGGUCCCUAAGUGUCUACGAGGAAGCUGCGUUUUGGAAAUCAUUUUACUUAAAUUUGCUGAGUGGGUUGUAAGUGGUUUGUCGCUCUUGUACUACGCCUUUUGUUCAGUUAAAGGGGUACUCUGCUGCUCAGCGUUUGGAGCAUACUGUUCCGAACGCUGGAGCCGGGAGCUGGUGACGUCAUAGCCCUGCCCCUCGUGUCCCGCCCCCUCAAUGCAAGUCUAUGGGAGGGGGCGUGACGGCCGUCACGCCCCCUCCCAUAAACUUACAUUGAGGGGCGGGGCUAUGACGUCACAGGCUUCCGCAUUCGGAACAGUUUGUUCCAAACACUGAGCAGCGGAGUACCCCUUUAACAACAAAACAACUUUUUUUUAUUUUAUUUUUUCAUGAGAUUUGAAAUUCACAAAAAAAAAACACCACUUGCAGUUUUUGAUGCAGUUUUUUGUGCAGGAAGAAGCGGAUGGAGUCCUUCUUUUAUAUUUCCUAUUGCUUUGACUCAAACAUCUGCAUUGGAAGCUUCAGUGGAGUUUUACCACCACCCGUAUCUAGUUUCAUUUUAUGUUGGAAAGUUCACGAGUCUUCUGUGCACAUGGGAUUGUUUCUGUAUGAUGUCCUUCAUGUAAAUGUAUUUAUACAGCAAACGCCAUAUACCUUAUUUUUCAUUAAGUUCUAUUUUUACUGCAUGAAUCCCAUAUGUAUGACACGUUCUUAGUUGCGGCUGCAGGCGGCAAGAAUUUUAACAUUUAUUUCAGAAUGUGAAGAGAAAUGGAGACUAAGCUGUGUAUAUGAAAAAAUAAAUAUAAAUAAAUAUA